AACAUCGAUCUCAGGAAGAGUAGGGUAGCUCGCCAUGAGAGACCAUAGCUCUAGCUCUGCUAGCACCUGCAGCACCAUGUCCUUCGGCUUCAAGCAAGCGUUCCUCAAGAACCUUCUCCUGAGCCUCCAAGAUUGCUCGAGGACGACGACGACGCCCUUGAACGCCAUGAGCCUGCAGGAGAGGAAGCAAGCCGUCAAGUCCUCCGCCGACAUCGCCAUGGCGGCGGCGCACGGCAGCGGCGCGAGUUGGCCCAAGGCCAUCAUCUUGGCGCAUCCGGCGUCGGCGGCAGCGGCGGCCAGGGCGCAGAGGUGCAGGAGGAUCGUGCGGAGGUACUACUGCUGCGGCCAGAGGAGGAGAUCAUCAGGUCGUCGUCGCCGCCCCGCCGCCGCUGCUUCAGGUGGUGGUGGUGGUGUCACUGCCGGCGGUGUGAUGGCGAGGAGGCUGGUGAGGAGGAGGACCAUGGCGCUGAGGAAGGUGAUACCCGGAGGCGGCGCCAUGGACGAGGCGUCGCUCCUCCGCGAGGCCAUGGACUACGUCGUCCACCUGCGCGCGCAGGUCGACGUGCUCCGCCGCGUCUCGGAAGCCGUGCAGAGACGAUCCACCCCUCUGCGGGAUUCUUGGUCUCAUUGUACCUUCACAGAAAAGGAGGAUUAAGUAAGUGAGGAUGAUGCAUGCAUGUGCAUCUGCUCCUUUGUUCUGAAUAUAUUGGACUGUGCCUUCUGCAAUGCAAACAAAAGCUGCAUUGCAAUGGUGGUGGUCAGGGGAUUCAGGGUUGCAUCCAUUUAUCUUGUGCAAAGUGGUGAAGAAUCAAUGGAUCAGGAUUCUGUCUUCUUGUGUGAGAGAUCAGUAAUGAGAUUGUAAGCUAGUGGCUAUCUACUGUUGUAUUGGGAGGAUAGAGACAAUCUUGCAGAUCAGCAGGGAAAUUUGUGGGUGCCUGGAACUAUGCAAAACUAUGUACUGCAGGUUUAUUUUCCUAGAAGUGGCAUGUCUUGCUUAAAUCAUGCUGGCAUAUGUGAUCUAGAUUGAGCAAUUAAUCUAUAUAUGUUGCAUUACU